CAUCCUAAUUAGCUGGUAAAUGGAGUAAUUCAUUUUCAAUCUUCCUCAACUCACCACUGUCCCUAACCAUCACCUUCACAACUUUCAAAUGUUCCUUCGGCAUUACACUUCCAAAUCACCAUUCACCUCCAUCCUCCGCCGCCUCUCCACCUUCAAUCCAAACGACGACGUUCACAAAGUCUACACCAUUCUCACCACCACCUCUUCACCCGAAACCCUAAAACAAUCCCUAAAAUCCACCCAAAUUUUCCUCUCUAACGAAUUAAUCGACCAAGUUCUCAAACGCGUUCGCUUUGGCCAUGCAAACCCUAAUCAAACCCUUGAAUUCUUCCGUUACACUGGCAGAAGAAAAGGCUUUUACCACACCGCUUAUUCCCUUGACACAAUGCUCUACAUUCUCGGUAGAAGCCGCAUGUUUGAUCAUGUUUGGGAGCUUCUAAUCGAAGCGCGGCGAAAAGAUCAAAAUGUGAUUACGCCAAGAACUGUUAUGGUUGUUUUGGGUAGAGUUGCUAAGGUUUGUUCCGUUAGACAAACGGUUGAAACGUUUAGGAAGUUUAAGAAGAUUGUGCCUGAUUAUGGUGUGAAUUGUUUUAAUGCCUUGUUGAGAACGCUUUGUCAAGAGAAAAGUAUGACUGAUGCUAGAAAUGUUUAUCAUAGUUUGAAGCAUAAUUUUCGUCCUAAUUUGCAGACUUUUAAUAUACUUCUUUCGGGUUGGAAAAAUGUGGAAGAUGCUGAGUUGUUUGUUAAUGAGAUGAAGGAAAUGGGAGUUGAACCGGAUGUUGUAACGUAUAAUAGUUUGGUGGAUGUUUAUUGUAAAGGGAGGGAAAUUGAGAAGGCAUAUAAGGUGUUCGAUGAAAUGCGUGAAAAGGAUUUGUCGCCGGAUGUGAUUACUUAUACUAGUGUUAUUGGUGGGUUGGGGUUGGUUGGUCAGCCGGAUAAAGCUAGAGAUGUUUUGAAGGAAAUGAAGGAGUAUGGUGUUUACCCUGAUGUUCCGGCGUACAAUGCUGCUAUUAGGAAUUAUUGUAUUGCGAAGAGGCUUGGUAUUGCUUUUGAAUUGGUGGAUGAGAUGGUGAACAAAGGUUUGAGUCCGAAUGCCACUACUUACAAUUUGUUCUUCAGGGUUUUUUAUUGGUCUAAUGAUUUACAGAGUUCAUGGAACUUGUACAAGAGGAUGAUGGGUGAGGGAUGUCUUCCGUAUACGCAGUCUUGUAUGUUUUUGAUAAGGUUGUUUAAGAGGCAUGAAAAGAUGGAGAUGGCAUUGCAGUUAUGGGGUGAGAUGGUGGAGAAGGGUUUCGGGUCAUAUACCUUAGUUUCUGAUGUGCUGUUUGACAUGCUUUGUGAUAUGGGGAAAUUGAUGGAAGCGGAGAAAUGUUUCUUGGAGAUGAUCGAGAAGGGGCAGAGGCCAAGCAAUGUUUCCUUUAAGAGAAUCAAGGUUCUUAUGGAACUAGCAAAUAAACAUGAGGCCAUUCAGAACUUGACGCAGAAAAUGGCGAUAUUUGGGCGACCACUGCAAGUUCAUGAAAGAGUUGCUACACCAAUAGGAGAAAUGGGGGAGUUGGACAAUAGAGGGAACAUACGACAGAGGGACAAGUGGCCAAAGGAAGAGUUAGAAGAGACACAAGGAAGAAGCUCCUUAACAGAAUGAUAAUUGAUUCUGUACACUAGUUGUCAUACAUUUUGCACAAUAAAACUGAAUUCUGGAAAGUUAUGCUAUAUUUCACUUGCGACAUGUUCGUCAUGCUUUCAAGAUCAGGAAAAAAAGAGGCUUUUUUACUUCAAUUCUGAUAUUGGCUAGUGACUUUCUGGCAUUGCUUUUCCAUUGAAAUUGUUUUAGACGGCCUUCAAAUCAAAAGGUUUGAUUUGAUUAUUUCAAGGGUUAACUUCUCAUCUGGAAUUUUGAUGAGAUAGUUGCGGUUUCUUAAGAGAAGAUUUGUACGAAAUUAUGACAGGUAAAAUGAACUUGUGAGUUUUGACAUGGUUAUGUCUGUAUUGAAACUGUCAAUUUUAAUCACGAGCGCGAAAGCACUUUCAUGAGGUAAACUGGUUGUAUGAGUUAUAUCAUGCUUUCGAAGGCAAGCUAUUCCAGGGUUGAUGGAAUCUAAGAAGUACGAACAGUGUGAUCCAAGUUAGUAAUGCCUCUCCUACUCUUACCUACAGAACAUGGACUGUGGGAAAAAAGUAAAUCAUAUUGUUCAAUGCUGCACCUGUGUCAUUUUUUUGUCGUUGCAAUGUUGUAAUAAAACAUAUUUCCCUUUUGAAGAUUCUUGGGUCCUUCCUUGCGGAACAAUUUAUGUAAAGAGUGUUGCUAUUGUCAUACAACCUUCAAUAUUUCAAUGACAUUUGUUCUUAUUGUCUCCCUUCAA